AUGGCAUCUUCUCAAGCUCCGCCCAAGAAGCCCCGGCUUUCACUUCAGAUCAAGACAGCAUGUAGUCCGGCCACCAGGUCAUCAAGAAGUUACGCAGUGGACCCCAAAGAUCCAACUGCCUUUAACACGUUGUCCAAUGUCUACGUUACUACAAUCGAAAGGGCUGCCCCAUCUCAGCAUGAGCCUAUUACUGCCAUCAAUACUUUACAAGCUUUCAGCUUGACAACUCCAGUGGAACGACAGGACCUGAAACACAGAGUUGUUACGCCUUAUGUCGCUUCAUGCCCUGAGACUCCUUCAUCCGAUACAGCUCCUUCGCCACAUCCAGGACUGGAAAUCAACUACCCGAGCACAAUGACGGCCACGCCUCCUAUGUCUGCGGGUCCAAUGGAUUCAAACACUCCCAAGGCCUUUAGCUUUUCCCCUGCUGAUAUAUCCGCGGCCCCAGCAAGGGAUGGUAGCUUACAACCCGAGAAGCGUGCUCUUGCUCGCCCGGAAACUCUUGCUGAGUUGACCCUACAGGCCCCUUACACACAUCCUCGAUCACUUCACAGUAUUUUACGCAACUCGCCUCUUCCUCCACCUACAGCCAUUCCUCCUCCGUCUCCACGGCGACAGUCACGGCGGCUCCAAGACAGAGCAAAUCGAAGAGUGUGCUAUAAUAACCCCCUCACUCAGGAGAUUGUGACAAACAAGUACACGAAAUCUCACAUUGACCUCCUUGUUGAAGAGGCUUCACCACACUCCCCUCCAUGUGUGCCCCCUCAGCCUCAGAGUGCCAUCCAUCUAGCCUUGGCAUUCACACCAAACGAGAUCCAAGAUGGAGGGCAGACACCCGGGCCCUUUGAGGAUAUGCGUCGCCGCAUGACAGGACUGGCCGCAUCAGGUACUCCGCUUUCCCCGUCAGGGCCCAAGGGAAUCUCAAAGCGCAAGAAAAGGGAGAAGAAGCGUCGGUGGGUAUGGACAAUUGGCCAAGAGGAUGAUGGUGAUGACGAGAACAUUGGGGGCUCCAUUGCUGCCCUAAGGGCUGAGGCUGCCAAAGCCAAGGACGUUGAAGAGAUCAAGACACCUGUGACGGCCAUCAAGGCACCCCUCAUCACCUUUCUCACGGCACCGACACCAAAAACGGAUAAAUUUCAGAGCUUGAGCGGCAUCUUGAAAGAAGAUAACGACGUUGAAAUGUCUGACGCGAGCAGUUGUCUUUCAGUGCCAGAAGGAUCUCAACACAUGACUGGCGAGAUGGACUUGGAUCUCAAGACUCCAAUCGCGCGCCAAGAUGAGGAGAGCCAAGUCAUACUCAUGCUACCAGAAAAUACUCUCAGUAGACUUGGUCCCAGUCCUGGUCUAAAGAGGGAUUCUCCGGUGCCGCCAGAUAUGCUACGUACAGAUUGA